UACCCAAUAGAACCAAAGAGUAUGGAUCCUAGCAGUCACGAAAGCUUUAAAUCUAGAAAUGCUCUGAUAAUAUUUACGCAUUGGCUUACACCAGAGGACAAAAGCAUCCUUCCUGAUGGCCGAGUCUCACCAGUGUCAGACCAGAGAAACAACGCCAAAAGGGGAACAGCAUUUUUUUUAGUUUACAUCAACGUUAAGGACGACGUUUCGCUCAAACGUCUGUGAGCUCCGUCAGGAAAGUUAAAACUUAUAACUGGAAACUCGCCGUCGUUGUUCAGAGCGGAUGUCCCCACGUAAGAUGGCUGCCGCCCUUUAACCCCACCGAUUCCAUUUUCCGGUAACUUUCGAAGAGCGCGGUGAGGGAAAUCGAUUCCGUCGGCUCGUUCUGAAACAAAACCCCGAGCGCAGCGGCGGGCGACGGUAACCGCGCCCGCGUGCGAUAAUCCGUGAAACUAAAAGCGCCGUUGCAGUGCUCGGCUCGGGUUUAUUUGUUUAACAGCAACGUGCGUGUCACAGUUGCAGUGGCGCAUGGGAAUCGAUUCUCUGCUGUUUGCGCGGACGGUGAAUCGGAAUCGCUAUCGAUUCGCCACCCAAGCGCAGCGCAUGGCGGCCCCCACGUGCGCCGCGCCACGAGAUUCGGGUCCCUCACUUUAGCCGAGGCUGUGGUGGUGGUGGUGGCUGUGGUGGUGGUUGUUGUCGUUGUGGUGGUUGUAGCCGUGGUUUGACUGUGCUUGUUGUGACUGUGGACGCGACUGCUUGUUAACCUGCUGUUCGAACGUGCUUGUAACGUGUUGUGGUGUAGCUUGCGGCUUGUUUGUGUUACCGGUGCCCCGCGCCUGCGGCUGAGAGCGCCUGCAAGUUGUGCAGCUGCGUGUGUUGUGGCUCGCCUGCUGCUGCGCUUGUCCCACCGAGCACCACCCCCCCUAUCCCCUGCUCGCCAUGGGCAAGAGCCGACAGCCGCGCCGCUUCAGGCGGCCUCACCCUCUCUGCGGUCCCGCGGGGCUGAGCGCGGAGCCCGAGGUGGAGACGGAGUGCGAGGAGGAAAUCUGCCCCGUCGAGACUCUGCUGGAGACGCUGCAGUCGGGCUCUGCGGACGCGCGGGAGUGUGCAUGCGCCAGCCUCUCCCGCCUGGCCCUGGGCGCCCGCACGGUGCCCGCGCUGCUCGGCCGCGGCGCCGUGCGCCUCCUGGGACCGCUGCUGCUCGACCCCGCGGCCUCCGUGCGCGAGACCGCGGCUGGAGCUCUCAGGAACAUGAGCGUGGCGGGUGGGCCGGACGCGUGCGAGGACAUGGUCGCCAGCGACAUCAUGACGCCGCUCGUCGCGCUGCUCAGAGAGUGUGCCGCCGUCCUGGACUCUGCCGGGGACGCGCAGCCCAAGGGGAGGAGCGGCGGUGGCGGUGGCGCCGGACUGCCCGGAGACGUCGCCGUGGAGGCCGUCCACCUCCUGCUCAACCUGUGCGAGAGCAGCGCUCGUGCCGUCUCUGUGUUCAACAAGGAGGCGUUGCUGCCGCCGCUGCUGCAGUUUGUGAGACGGCACCAGCAGCACCUGCCUCUCGCCAUCGCUGCAGCUCAGUGCCUGCAGACGGUGGCGGAGGACAACGUGGACCUGGCGGGCAGCCUCACGGCGCCGGCGCUCGCCGCGCUGGAGCCGGCGCUGCUGCUGCUGCCUCCUGCUGGCGUGGACAACGGCAGCGCCGGCGCCCAGCGUAGCCUGCUGCGGACACUCGUAGCGGGCUUCCUGUGGAACGUGAAGAGCGCCAUCCCCGGCGCCAGCCUGGCCCAGGCGCUGAGCGCCGUUGCGAGCGCGCUGAGCGACGCGCUGGCGCUGGACGCGCGCCCGGCGCUCGCUGCCCUGGAGGCCCCGCCGGCACCGCCGCCCCCCGAAGCGUCCGGCGCCGGCGAGCGCCGGCGUAAAGGCCGGACGAAUGGCGGCGGCGGCGGCGGCGGCGCCGCUCGCAACCCAGCACCGGCGCAAGCGAAGAGACACUCAAAGAAGAAGAAUUGCGGCGAGGUGGUGGACCGGGCCAACGAGGAGAACGAAGGUGAUGAGGGGAAGGCCGGUGGAGGUGGCGGUGGAUGUGGUGGAGGUGGUGAAGAGGAGCAGAAGGAGGAGAACGGCGGUGGUGAGGAGGACGAGGAGGUGGAGGAGGAUGAGGCUGACAUGGAGGCCGAGCCGAGCGCGGCCACCGGGGAUGGAAGUCCUCCGAGCAGCGGCGAUGACCUCUCCGACCUCUUGCCGCCGAGCGAGGCGGCGCUGGUGGAGGCCAUGGCGCUGCUGUCGGCGCAGCAGACUGCGCUGGAGAUCCUCGUCAACAUGUGCUGCAGCGAUGACGGGCCGGACGACGAGGAGGAGGAGGAGUGGGAGGAGGCGGGAAGCAACGACGGCAGCGAGGAGGCGGCGUGCAUGGACGGCGAGGAGGAGACGGGCGAGGCGCCGCUCUCGCCGCUGUGCCUCUCCGCCGAGGUCCACGGCGCGCUGCUGAGGCACGGCAUCGUCGGCCGGGUGAUAGAGAAGAGCGCGUUUCCGGAGGAGAGCGGCGUGAGCGUCUGCCUCAAAAACCCGGUGUGGAAGCCGCUCCUCACCAGACUGCAGUGCAUCCAGUGUCGGGCCCUCACCUGCCUGCAGAACAUGCUGGGCUCGCUGGACGAGGAGGCGCUGGGGGGGCCGCUUGCUCUGCAGGAGCUGGCGCGCCAUCUCGCGUCGCUCCUCUUCAGCGCGAGCGAUCUGGCCAAGGCCGCGGAGUUUUUGGAGGCGGCCACUGGAGCGGUGAGGGCGCUGCUCCACGUCAUGGCCUCCAAGGACAUCCCCCAGUGCAUGUCGGUGCAGCAGCUGCUGGCGCUGUGCGAGGCGUGCGUGCGGUGCGAGCACGAGGGCGUGCGCCUCAACACGGUCGGCAUCCUCGGGGUGGUGGGGAGAGAGCUGUCCCGGCAGAGAGGCACCGCCACCACGCUGCAGGAGCUGGGCUCGGUGCUGCUGGGGGUGGCGGUGCGCGACGUGAGCCUCCCCGUGUCGGGGGAGGCUCUGGACGCGCUGUUCGACGUGUUCGCCCACGGAGACGACGCCGACCUCGCCGCCCGCGCCAUGGGGCUCGCGGCCGCCCUACGCGGCCUCGCGCCCGCGUUCAAGGCCAGGAUGAAGAGCGAGGGCAGGAGGAGUUGCUCCCCCGAGCAGCUGCUGGUGCUCACCAACGUGCGGACGAACCUGGCGCGCUUCAUCCGCUACCAGGAAAGCAAAGCGCGCUGAAGCGCCCCGCCCCACGCCUCCGCCGCCCUCCUGCUCCUGCCGUCUUGCACGGCCACGUGGACCUCGCGUAGUCGGCGCGGAUCCCGGUGCAGGGAACAACACGGGGCCCUCCCCCCCCCACCGAAAUAUCCCCCCCACCCCCCCCCCCUCCCCCCACCGGCCCAUCCCGUCUCUAGCCCAGGGAGGGACCCUGGUGUAGUUGCACCGCCUGCGCUCGGUAGCGGCGCCGCUGGGUCGCGGCCGUCCCGCGCCGCUCGUUUGCCACGAUUGCGCGACCGCCCGCCAGCAUCCCCCCCGUCCUGCUGCCUCGUUGGGAGCGGCUGCGAACCCACGGCCGACCGCGGCUUGGAAACGGCGAGGACGCGCGAGCCGCGGUUCGUGCCGUCGAGGUGACUUCUGCUGCUGCUGCCGUCGCCGCUGCCACUUGACGAGGGGGGGGGGGGGGUGGUGUGGAGGUGGGGGACGUCAAAGUGUAAAAUAGCCGAGGCGUUUGCUGUGCGUGUCGCUGAACACUAGGGUUCAGUUGAACCGCGCGGAGGAGCUGUAUCUGAGGGAACAGAACCGAACACAUGGACGACACGGGUUCGACUCCCUGCCAAAGAUAUAUUUUGUUCAGCCCCGUCCCCUUUUGGCUAGACCUCCGCCGAAGUUAUGCCACUUUUAUCAUUUCACAAAUUUAUUUUAACAUCCUUUAGGUUUUAUUUAAUGACAAAUUAUGAUGGCGUUAAUAAUACCACUAGCAUCUUUUAGCUCGGUUCCUAACCUCCUUGUCCACAGGGAUCUUGAGUGGGUGCCUAAAGCCUUGUGGCACCCUCCCCCACUCCACUGUCCUGACAAGUGGGAGGCAGAGAGGCCUCCUAAACCCCCCCCCCCCUCCGUGGUCCUGUCCGCGGGGUUGUUUCUGAUUGGACAGUUCUUGCUGAAUGUGACGGGGGGGAACUGGAAGACUGUCAGGUGGAGAGUUGAGCUUCUUGCGUGCGGCCUGCCUGGCUGGGAUUUGCAGUUGCUCUCCUGAGCAGCGGGGGUUGUGAGGUCGUUGCUGUGGUGGGGGCCCCCCCCCCCCACCCUCGCGUUUAUUUUCUGGUGCCAUUUGUGGCUCUGCAGCGUUUUGUUGCUGAUAAACGCAGCCCACGGGGAGGACGCUUCCGCUGGGAUUUAUUUUCUUGUGCAAAUCCACCGUUCGCGAAAUGUCUUGUGUUUAAAACUGUUUAAAAAAUAGCGAGAGAAGCGGACAAUAAAACGGUCGCGGUUGCAUUUAAA